CAUCACAGAAAUCUUACUAAAUUUUAGAACGACUCGUGCUUUGUAUAAGUGCAACGAAAUAUUUUCAUUUCAGUUUUAAAUUACAGCUCUGAAGAAUUCAUUACAAAAUGCAUUUAGUGAAAAAAAGUGCAACUUAUUUGGUGAUCUUUCUGGUUCUACUUGCUUUCUGUACACAGGAAUCUGAGGCGACCAGACGUGUGAUGCGCGGACGUAGGACACUGACACGCCGCUACUUUACUGGUAUGGCUAUACCCGGCUGGCUGCUAGCUGUCCUCAUAGGUAUUGGCGAGCUCAUACUUGGCGGUGCGCUCUACUUAGUCAUGAAUCGUAUGAUACUUGCCAAGCCAGCGCAAGAGACCAACACGUAUACGCCAGCGAAGCAACAAGAAGUUUAACCAAAAAUAUCGAAUCCAAUGUUAAAAUAAUAAAAGUUCAGUAGCAAUAUUGAAAACUGUACCACAUACAUGAAUAUAUGGACACAAAACUCACAAAGCCAUAUGUGAAGACAAAAACUGUAAACUUAUAUGAAAAACAUCGCAGCCAAACGAGUGACUGAUGCAAACGACCUGAUAUAUUUCUAGUGCAUAUCUUUAGCAUUACAACAACACUAUUUUUUGUAAUUAAUAACAGAUAAUGGCAAUAGCAAUAGUCAACCAAAUAUCCAUUACUAUCGCAGCAAAGAAAACUCUAGCUCAAGUGCACACAUUUCGAUUGCUUUUUCUUUUUUCACAAAAUCCUAAUAAACGAUCAUAAUCGCACUAAUCGAUGCCUUUUUCUUAGUGGUAAGCUUUCUUAAUUGCCAUCAAUUUAUUGACUACAGCACGUGGCCCAUAUUUUUGAAGUGUCUCAAUAUUUUCACUUAACAAAGUUACAUUUUAAAAAAUGCUGUGCGUCCCUGCUCAAUUUUCGUUCUAUCAGUUGCAAGCUAUUGCUUUAAGACCACACUAAAUACACGCUUAUGCACAUUCCGGUUUUCCUCUCCUCAACAUCUAUGUCUCCGCUUUUCCUGCUUCCGCAAAGUUUGCCCUUUUCUUCCCGAACCUUUUGUAGCUUUACUCUGCUUAUCUCGAUGCAACUUUCGCAAUUUUUCCCCAACACUUACCGCUACAUUAUAAUUUUCACUUCAGUUUGGUUUUUCUUACUCCGCUUUGUUUUUCAUUUAUUUUUUCUUAAUUUGUUUUUUGUUAAUUAAAAACUUUAUUUUUGCUGCAACCCCUGAUAAAUGUAGCUACUGCAUGUUGCAGUACAGCUGAGCUGAACGCUGCUUCUUUUGGGCACUAUUCGCUUAAUGCUCUGCUCUCUCUAUGUAGCCUUUUGCCUUUUCCAACACUUGCAGUUUAAUUAAUAAAUGUUUCGAAACCUUUCAAAACAACACAACUCAGUUCAUUGUAUUUUGGUCAAAAUUGAACAAUACUUUCUAUACGCUCGUGCAAAAUAGAGUGAAUGUACGGCAGGACGCAUGUGGGCAUGCGUACGAGUUCUGGCAAAAGAAUGGCAACAAAGGAAAAAAUAUAUCAUUACCAACUAACUAAUGGCUUUGCUAACAAAGUAAAUAAAUUAGUUUGAGGUUUUGGAGCCGUUUAGUAAGCAUCAAAUGAAUUUUGAAAUAAAAGUGGAAGAAGGUUGCCAUUUGUUCGUUAAAUUUGAGUAAAAAAAUUUAAGAUAUAGAAACAAUGUAAAUUAUAAAGAUUGGAUAACUGUUCACAAAUAUUAAUCAAGCUACAGCUCGAAAAGUAAAAUAAAAAUGGAAAUGUAAUAAUA